AAAAAAGAAACAAGAAAAAAAAACGAGAAUAAAACUGAAUUUAGUGGCCGGUUCAAGUCCGGUUCUUCCUGUGUGCAAAGAGGGAGGCGGACGCAGCGGCGGAUCCCAACGGAGGGGAAAACCGAUUGCAGAAAGAGAGGGCGGGAGAGAUCCCAUGUCUCUUUCUCCGCUUCCUCCUGCCUAGGAUAAGCUAACGUACGCUCUGGAUGGGACAAUCGGCCUCCACCCUCUGCCACCGCCGCCCGAAACCCUCCGUCGCCGGCCCGCCGUCCUCUGCGAUGAUCCCUUCGGCCGCUUCCGCCUCCUCUGGGCCCUCGCGGGACCAUACGGAGGACCUCCCUAAUGACUGCCUGGCCCUCAUCUUCCAGUCCCUCGGCUCCGGCGACCGCAAGCGGUGCUCCCUCGUUUGCCGUCGAUGGCUCGUCGUCGAGGGUCAGAGCCGCCACCGCCUCUCCCUAGACUCCCGUGCCGCCCUCCUGGAGGCCGCCCCGUCCCUCUUCUCCCGCUUCGACGGCGUAUCCAAGCUUGCCCUCAAAUGCGACCGCCGCUCCGACAGCAUCGGUGACGAGGCCCUCGACCUGAUCUCCCUCCGCUGCCCCAACCUCACCCGCCUCAAGCUCCGCGCCUGCCGUGCCCUCACGGAGCGGGGCAUGGCCGCGCUCGCCAAGCACUGCCCCAAUCUCCGCAAGCUCUCGUGCGGCUCCUGCACCUUCGGCGCCAAGGGCGUGGAGGCCGUCCUCCGGGGGUGCCCCCUCCUGGAGGAGAUCUCCAUCAAGCGCCUUCGUGGCCUCUCCGACGCCGCCGCCGAACCCGUCGGCCUUGGCUCCGCCUCCUCGUCUCUCCGAUCCGUCUGCCUCAAGGAACUCUAUAACGGACAGUGCUUCGCCCCACUCAUCGCCGGCUCCCCCAACCUCAAGACCCUCAAGCUCUUCCGCUGCUCCGGCGACUGGGACCGCCUGCUCGAGACCAUCGCCGACGGCGUUCCCGGGAUCGUCGAGAUCCACCUCGAGAAGCUCCAGGUCAGCGACCGCGGCCUCGCCGCCCUCUCCUCCUGCGCCGAUCUCGAAGUCCUCCACCUCGUCAAGAUCCCCGAAUGCACUGACGCUGGCCUUGCCACGCUCGCUGACAAGUGCCGGCUGCUCCGAAAGAUCCACAUCGAUGGGUGGAAGACUAACCGGAUCGGGGACGAAGGCCUCAUGGCCGUGGCCAGACGGUGCCCUAAGCUCCAAGAGCUGGUCCUGAUCGGGGUCAAUCCGACGGCUUUAAGCUUGGGGCUCAUCGCAAGCAAUUGCCGCAACCUGGAGCGCCUCGCCCUCUGUGGCAGCGAUACCUUUGGGGAUGCGGAGAUGUCAUGCAUUGCUGCUAAAUGCAUGGCUUUGAAGAAGCUCUGUAUCAAAGGUUGCCCGGUCUCCGACCAGGGGAUGGGGGCCCUCGCUGAGGGGUGCCCGAACCUAGUGAAGGUAAAGGUGAAGAAGUGCCGGGGAGUGACGCCGGGGUUUGCGGACUGGUUAAGGGCGAGCAGGGGAACGCUGGCUGUCAACUUGGAUCCUGGUGGCCUGAUUGAGCAGCCGGACGCGACACUAAGUGAGAGUGGAAUUCUAGAUAAUGGCAGCGAACUGCUCCCUGCAUUGGUCGAGCAGAUGGGCUCCAUGGAGCUUCCGUCUAGCAGUAAUGGUCGGUCAUUACCAUGGAAGACUAGGAUGAGCUUUCUGGCUGGGAGGAACUUCUUUGUCUCCACUUUCAGGCGGUGGUCCCAUGGGAGCAGCAAUCACCAUCACUCAUGAAAGAAGGGAAAGAGAAGAACUCUUUCGUUUGUCGUUUACAUUGUUUUUCUUUGGUAUUUGCAUCUGUAUGUCAAUUAGCUUCUUCAUGGUUUAGGCUGCAGCACUAUCAUUGUUGUUCCCUAUAAGCUGUUUAUUGCUGUCUUCUGGAUUUGAAUUAUUUAUUGCUAGUUUUGCUUCUUAGAGCGGUUGAUCAUUACUUUGUUCUAGCAUCCUUAUCCCACCUUAAGCUUCUAUGAAUUGUUUUUGUUAUGCCAA